AGGUUGCUGGGGUCAGAAAUUGUCCACGCCAGAGAGCCAAUCUUCUGUGAUCACAACAUUCCUUAUCUCUCUCUCUCUCUUCAUCCUAAGACUUAAGAGGAAGCACAACAUCUUGUGAUCUUAUACCAUAUCGUUUUUCAUUGUCCCUCACUCACUCAUCCAUGGCUUCCCUCACUACCCCAAACCACUAUCUUCCCACCUUCAUUCGCUCUCACACUCCCAACUACCCUUCUUCUCAAAACCUCCCACUUCCUCCCACCUCAUCAAUUUCUCAAUUUUUCGGCCUCAAGCUUUCCCAUUCUUCCUUUUCUUCUAUCCCUUCUUCUUCUUCACACAAAGGCUCCAUUUUUGCCAAGGUGAAUAAAGGUUCAAAGCCACCCAAUUUUACUCUGAAAGAUCAAACUGGAAAGAAUGUGAGCCUCACCAACUUCAAAGGAAAACCGGUAGUUGUGUAUUUCUACCCUGCUGAUGAGACCCCUGGCUGUACCAAACAGGCUUGUGCUUUCAGGGAUUCAUAUGAGAAGUUCAAGAAAGCAGGAGCAGUGGUUAUUGGAAUAAGUGGUGAUGAUCCUUCGUCUCACAAGGCAUUUGCCAGCAAGUACAGACUUCCAUUUACAUUGUUGAGUGAUGAGGGUAACAAGGUGAGGAAAGAGUGGGGAGUGCCUGGUGAUUUCUUUGGAGCAUUGCCUGGGAGAGAGACUUAUGUUAUUGACAAAAAUGGGGUGGUUCAGCUUGUAUACAACAAUCAGUUCCAACCAGAAAAGCAUAUUGAUGAGACCUUGAAACUACUUCAGAGCCUCUGAGGCUUCUGAUUCUUUUCUUUUCUAUCUCCCUUGGCUUGAUUUAGAAUCAGACAAGUAUGUAACUAUGAAUUUUAACUGUAAUUAUUUAGAUGAUUUUGGACCCUUUCAUCACAUUCACAUGGAGGUGUUAAUGUCUAUUCUCCUAUAGAGAGCAAACAUUUAUAACCUCUCCGGAUGGAAAUUGUGUAUCUUUUGCGUAUUGUAAUUAAAUUUAGCUUCAAUUUGCAAAGUGAUCAU